UAUUUCUUAACCCUAAUUCUCUCAUUAAUAUUUAGUAAAACAUCCUUAAUUAAUAUCUCACAGCUUCCGUUUUUAAAAAACAACUUGGAACAACCUAGGAACGAACUUCACUUUUUUAAUUGCUUUGAUUCUUCCGCCGUGGACUACGGUUGCUUCACCCAGCUCAGGCGCGACGCUUUUGCUGCCAACCCACUUGGAGCUAUUGAAAUUCUUACUCGACUAGCUGUCGGCGAGCAUCUAAAGAGACGAUUGUAGCUGUUGAUCAGGGUGCUUCAAUGGAGAAAUCGGCGGUUGUCACCGAAAAUUACCUCAACGGGAAUAAAUUUCACUCCUUUUCUUCUUCCUCUGCUUCUCUUAGACACGUUACUUACAGCUGUGGCAACUGUGGAUAUGAGUUGAAUCUAAACUCCUCCAAUCGAAACACUUCAACUAUCGGCUCUAAAUAUGGGAAAUCCAUAAAGCGAGGGAUCAUCUCAUUCACUGACAUUGAUGAGAGCAGAUUCACUCAGGCUGAAGAAUUCCAAUGUAUCCCCUAUAUUUCAAAGAACUCAUGGGGUUUGUUCCGACGGAGAACCAAACUUCUUUGCCGUAAAUGUGGCAAUAAUAUUGGAAUUGCAUAUGAUGAUGAAACGUCAGCUUAUCCACUUGUAUCAGAUGGUUCAGAUUCAUCUUCAGUUAAUGAACAAAAACUUCGUAAAUAUGAUGUUAAAAUACGUGCAUUACAGCCUUCAUCUGCUGAUCGGUUUGGCAUUCCACUUUAUCUAUAAUGUGUUUCAGCCAAUCUUUGAAUAAUUCAUGUUGACUGAACUUGAAAAGUUCACAACUAUACCGGAGUUUUCUUGUAAUAUAUUCAUGCAUGCAUUUUUUGAAUCCUCUUUCACUUUUGUUCUGCAUUUACCCUCACUUUUUAGAUGUUGAUCUGGUGAAUUGUACAGAGCAGCAUCGGGAGCUGAAUUACACAAAAGCAGUGUGGAGUCCAAAAGGAGUUGAUUUGCAAAGUUCACUUACAGUUUUCAGAUUUUGUUGUAUGAUUACAGUGUGAUAUCUGGAAUUAUACUAAAUGAAUGAGUAGAUGUUGCAGGGAAGCAUUAGCUUUUCUUCUGCAAUUUUUCUUGUGUUCCA